CAUUCCGUACCUGAUUUGUUUUUUUGCAACUGUGCGCGCGUUCCGUUAAAAUGGCGAGCCGAUGGAGGACCGCAUAGAGACAGAGACCAAACUGCUGCUUUUCUCCAACAACAACAGGAGGGAAAUAUCUGGACAAUGGCGGCCUUGGAUCAGAAAUCUCCCAACGUGCUUUUGCAGAGUCUUUGCUGUAGGAUCACAGGGAAGAGCGAAGCUGAUGUUGCACAUCAGUUUCAGUACGCUGUCCGGGUCAUCGGGAGUAAUUACGCCCCCACCAUCGAGCGAGAUGAGUUCCUGGUGUCUGAAAAGAUAAAAAAAGAACUGCUAAAGCAAAGGCGAGAUGCAGACGCAGCUCUUUUUUCUGAGCUCCACAGAAAACUCCAAACCCAGGGAGUUCUGAAACACAGAUGGUCCAUCUUAUACCUCCUCCUCAGCCUGUGUGAGGAUCCCAGGAAACCGCCUACCCGGGUGGGCAGUUACGGGUCGCUGUUUGCCCAGGCUUUGCCGCGUGAUGCCCACUCCACACCGUUCUACUACACCCGGCCCCAGAGCCUGUCUCUUAGCUACCCCGAGCGCUCAGCACUGGCUGCACACAACGCCACCAGCAUGGGCACCAGCGGCAUCAGCAGCCUGGGCAUGUACCCACUGAACGGCCCCGGCCCUCAGUCCCUGCUUACUGGCCCGCAAGCUGUAGCUGAUCCCACACGUGGUGCUCGUCUGGCUUGGGAGCUCCCAGUCACCGGAGCCGCUCCGCCGAACUCCCGACCUGUGACAGGCCCCGCCCCUACCCUCGGCCCCACCUCCAGUCCUGCCCCUAGAGUGCCUCACAGACUGAGACGGGAUGGCGAAACCAGCGCUGAAAUCGGCGAGGCCUCCCUGGUGCGAGACAUCCUUUACGUCUUCCAGGGCAUCGACGGCAAAUUCAUUAAGAUGUGCACUCCAGAGAACUGCUACAAAAUCGAUUCAAAGGUUCCCUUGUGUAAGUCUCUACGAGACACCAGUAGCCGGUUAGCGGAGCUCGGCUGGCUUCAUAACAAAGUACGGAAGUACACAGACUCUCGAAGUUUGGAUCGAGCCUUCGGAUUGGUCGGGCAGAGUUUCUGUGCCUCCCUGCACCAGGAGCUGAAGGAGUAUUACAGGCUUUUGUCAGUGCUGCAUUCACAGCUGCAGUUAGAGGAUGACCAGGGAGUGAAUGUAGGACUGGAGAGUACGCUCACUCUAAGAAGACUUCUCGUGUGGACGUACGACCCUAAAAUUCGCCUCAAGACUCUUGCUGCACUGGUUGAUUACUGCCAAGGCCGUAAAGGAGGUGAGCUGGCCUCUGCAGUGCACGCCUACGGUAAGACCGGCGACCCUCAUAUGAGAGCGCUAGUCCAGCACAUCCUCAGCCUGGUCUCACACCCCAUUCUCAACUUCCUUUACCGCUGGAUCUAUGACGGAGAGCUCGAGGACACGUACCAUGAGUUCUUUGUAGCGUCUGAUCCAACAGUGAAGACAGACAGACUGUGGCAUGAUAAAUACUCUCUGAGGAAGUCGAUGAUUCCCUCCUUCAUAACCAUGGAUCAGGCCAGGAAGGUCCUGCUCAUCGGCAAAUCUAUUAACUUCCUGCAUCAGGUGUGUCACGACAGGACGUCGGCCGGCAAAACCCCGCCUGCCUCCAAAUCUGCAGACUCACCCAAAGACGCGACUGAGCUCUUCACUGAUCUGGAGGGGGCGUUUCAGAGUAAGAUCGACGCUGCAUACUUUGAGACCAGUAAGUACCUUUUAGAUGUGCUAAAUAACAACUACCAACUGCUCGAGCACCUGCAGGCCAUGAGGAGAUACCUGCUGCUGGGCCAGGGAGACUUCAUCAGACAUCUAAUGGACCUGCUCAAGCCGGAGUUGGCCCGCGCAGCCACUACGCUCUACCAGCACAACCUGACUGGGAUACUGGAGACAGCGGUACGAGCCACUAAUGCUCAGUUCGACAGUCCUGACAUCCUGAAGAGGCUGGACGUCCGACUCCUGGAGGUGUCUCCGGGUGAUACGGGAUGGGACGUGUUCAGCCUGGACUAUCACGUUGAUGGACCUAUCGCCACGGUGUUCACUCGCGAGUGUAUGAGCCACUACUUGCGGGUGUUCAACUUCCUGUGGAGAGCCAAGCGGAUGGAGUAUAUCCUGACUGACAUCUGGAAGAGCCAGAUGUGCAACGCCAAGCUGCUGAAGAGCAUGCCAGAGCUGUCUGGAGUUCUGCAUCAGUGUCACAUCUUGGCCUCAGAGAUGGUCCAUUUCAUCCACCAGAUGCAGUACUACAUCACAUUUGAGGUGCUGGAAUGUUCAUGGGAUGAGUUGUGGAAUAAGGUUCAGCAGGCCCAGGACCUGGAUCAUAUCAUUGCAGCCCAUGAAGUUUUCCUCGAUACAGUCAUCUCCCGCUGCCUUCUGGACUCCAACAGCAGGUCACUGUUGAACCAGCUCCGGGCCGUGUUUGACCAGAUCAUCGAGUUCCAAAACGCACAGAACACUCUGUACCGCUCUGCCCUGGAGGAGCUGCAGCUCCGUGUGCAGUAUGAGGACAGCAAGAGACGCAGAGAGGAAGAGGGCCAGUGGGGUGUGACGGCGGAGCAGGAAGCGGCAGAGAACAAACGAAUGCAGGAGUUUAAGGACACCAUACCAAAAAUGUGCUCUCAGCUUAGACUACUCACACACUUCUACCAGGGCAUCGUUCAGGAGUUCUUGCGGCUGUUGAUGACCAGCUCGGAUGAGAGUCUGCAGUUCCUCAGCUUCAGGCUGGACUUCAACGAGCACUACAAGGCCCGGGAUCCUCGCCUGCGUCCAUCGCUGGGGGCCACCAGGGGGCGCCGCAGCUCUAAUAUUUAACCCAUCCAUCUUCUGCGUAUAGGGUUAAUGUGUUUUUAUAUCGGACGCUGAUAUCGAGAGAUGGUCAGUGUAUAGCGCUUACUACAGAUGUGAAUAAAAGAAGAAAAAAAAACAAUCAAUUUAACUUAUUUGUCAUCACCGAAAGUCCUGAAAAUCUUACAUGGAUUUUAGAAGCGUGGAGACUUUUUUAAAAAAGUCUCUGUGUAAAUGUGGCAGGUUUUAAAGCGAUAAUACUUGGAAAAACCGAUUUGUCUGACCGAAAUAUCCGAAACUUUACCGAAAUAUCCGAAACUUUACUCAGCUACCACAGCUCAUCAAAUCCUUUUACUGUUUGACGUUUUAGUUUCUACUUGGUUUCCUCUCUUUAUUUUUCCAUUACAGUACAGUCUUGCUGCAGAAAAUCUGCACCUGAAAUUAUAUCAGUGUUAAUGUAAAGUCUAUGAUCUGGGAUCAGCUGAUUGUGGGAUGUUGUUUGAAAGCCACAAAUCUUGCAGUAAAUAUUUACGAUUAUAAAAAGGAUCGUUUUGACUCUGAAAUCUGAUGUUCCGUGCCUUGUUCAAAGCCGCCAUCAAAUCCGAUAUACAUGCGGCUUUGACCGUGUCACAAGAAUCGAAUUCUGUGUAAAUGUGGCAGGUUUUAAAGCGAUAAUACUUCGAAAAACCGAUUUGUCUGCGGAAUAUCCGAAUCUUUACCCAGCAACCACAGCUCAUCGUAAACAGACAUAACAUAACGUUCAAUUUUAUUUCAAACGUUAGAUUUUAUUGUAUGGAUUUUUAAGUCUAGUGUGUGCAUUACAGUGAUUUUAUCACACUGCUUCGAGUCAUGUCUAAGAAACACUUUGAUAAAAUCACUAACACUGAGUAGCACGUUUAAUGCAGGAUGAAAUGAGUAAUGAAGGAAGAUAAUGUGCAUGAAUCUGGUAAAUAUGUCCUCUAGCACAGUAAACACUGCACAUUCUCUUUUUUGACCCAACAAGCUUCAUCUCAGACAGCACGGUAUAUAUUUAAAAAAAAAAAAAAAAAAGCUUUCUCUCAUACCUUUUUUUAUUUAAUUUUUUUUAAAAUAAGCUGUUCCUAGAUCAGUCCAAAGCUGUUCGACUUUUGUUUCCGUUUUGCUUUUUCAUAUUUCUUUGUUUUUCAAAAGACUGUGACUUUGGUAUUGCGGAAUUAAAACCUCACUUUCACCGGAUAUUCACUCCUGAUUCUGAAGUAUUCAGAUUGGACCUUUUUUAAACGGCACCACAUUUUCAACAGACACGACUCGAUUUCAUCUACCCACGACGAUGCUAGCGAUCCUGUCGCCUUGUAGAGUGACUUGUAGAGUGAAGACGAUCCACUCUUAAAUUGCACUCUUUUACAGAUUUCAUAAGGAUCACUCUGGACUAAAUCAGACAUCCAACUAACAGGCAACUAACAGUUGUCACUGUAUUACUCUAGUAUUUUAAGGUUUGUAAUUCUGUCUCGAGGAAAAUGGAAGUGGUUACGUCUGGAUUUUGUCCUUAAAUCUUCCUUCUCCUCGUCAGUGGAGUCUGUUAUAUACGUAUGUAUAAAUAUAUUAUACAAUGGUGGGGAAAGUCAUCGCCAUUCUUUUCUUUAAUAAAUAAACUUUCUACAUAAA